GAUCCGACCAUACAGUUUCACAAGUGUUACCGGCGGCAUUACGGCUGGUGACAAGAAAGUGAUAAAACGUGUCAAGAUGAGAAACAGGACUGGAGUCCGUCACUCUAAAGAGCAGAGGUUUGGAGUAAAAGCUGGGGUGCCGAGUGCACAGCCAAAGUCUAGCUCCUGUUUGAUGUGGUGGAUUAAAAGAGGUCUCCUGGCUGUAUGCCUCAUUUAUGUUUCAGUGCCUUUCAUGAUGCGACUGUUCCCUGGCAUCAUAAAACAUCUUGUAUAUUCUCAUAGAGUCAGGGUCCCAUUCUUCAUCGAACUUUGCCAGCCUGCCAAAUUGUAUCUAAACCAUACAGUGAACAUGUACCUUACCUCAGAGCAAGGAAUCUCACUAGGUGUAUGGCACACAGUUCCUGAAAGUCAGUGGAAAGAGGCACAAGGAAAGAACUUGGGAUGGUACCAAAAGUCUUUAGGAGAUGGAUGUCCGAUUGUCAUUUAUCUCCAUGGCAAUGGAGGCACAAGGGCGGCAAGUAAUCGUGUAGGAGUAAUGAAUGUACUCAGUGCAAUGGGCUACCAUGUUUUGGCUUUGGACUAUAGAGGCUUUGGGGACUCCAGCGGGGAGCCCACUGAAGUUGGACUAACCACUGAUGCCCUCUACCUGUACCACUGGGUUAAAGCUCGCAGUGGAAACAGUCAGGUGAUAUUCUGGGGACACUCCCUUGGCACUGGAGUGGCCACAAACACCGCAGUCAAACUAAUGGAACAAGGGAUUGUAGUUGAUGGUGUGAUCAUUGAGGGGUCAUUCACUAACAUUCGACAGGAGGGUGCGAAUCAUCCUUUUGCCUGGUAUUAUUUGAACUUCCCUGGUUUUGAGUACUUUUUCCUGGACCCAAUGGCAGAAAAUGAUUUAUUUUUCCCUAAUGAUGAGAAUUUGAAGAGGAUGAGGAGUCCCCUUCUGAUCCUUCACGCAGAGGAUGACCACAUUGUGCCCAUCCACAUGGCUCAGCAGCUGUAUGAAAUAGCACUGACAGCCCAGAAGUCAGAGAAUCGAGUAAAGAUGAUACAAUUUAAUGGAUCCCUUGGCUACCUUCAUAAUGGGUUGUAUAAAGACCCUCACCUGCCAGAUAUCAUCCGAUUUCUGCUAGAAGGCCUUCGUACUUUGUAUGCUUUAAACAUUACGUAUACUCAACAACUUGUCUCUCCCUGUCAGCAACUCAUGAUGUCUCUAUUUGUGUUCAGGGGCAGUAAUGAAUGGAAUGUCGGCUAAGUAAUGCUAGUCUCCAUCUAUGUGUGGUAGACUAGGCCUUGAGCCUAGCAGAAACCACUAGAAGAAGUCUCCCUUUUGGGGGUAUGUCUUAAUAGCAGCAGUGGGGCUCCUGCUCCUUGUAUUAUAGAGGUGAACAGGACUCUAUUCCUUAUUGGGAGAGUUGAGUUAGCAAAACCACCAAUAGUAACAUGCCCCUGCUGUUAUGUGUGAGCUUUCACCAAGUUGUCUGGGCAACCGACAUUCUAUUAUUACCUAUGUCUCCUGGAUCUAUGUCUGUAUGCAACCUUGCAUUCUCUAGGCUACAUCAUGGCAACAACAAUUCUUUGUAUGUACAUUUUUGCAAGUGCUGAUGUCGUCACCUGUAUUUUUGGAAGAGAAUAUAAGCUUGAACCUGAAAUGCCAUAAUUUGAACAACCGUCAUGACACCACUCUGUGUUUGUCUCUAUACUUUUUUUGUCAUGAUGCUUGAUCUGGCAUAUAUGAUUAAACCUGAAAUAAUCAACUGUUAUACGAAUGACUGAGAAGUUUUUAUUUUGAUAAAUCGCGAACAUUUCAAUCUUCCACAAUUUGGCACCCCAUAUUGGACUUCAAAAUCUUCACGACAACGGUAUCUGCUUUUUUAACUCUCUACAGCUGACUGAACUGCGCCCAGAUUACAAACUCUUACACAUAGUCCUACACGGCUCCGAUGGUACAUAUACACUCACCUAAAGGAUUAUUAGGAACACCAUACUAAUACUGUGUUUG